UGAGCAACCGUGGUGGCGGCCGCACGUCUCCACGAUGCUUGUGAGCGCGUACGCAGUGAAAGUUCGUUAGGCUGCGAAAUGCGGUUUGCUAUCGCCUUUCUGUUUGUGGUGACAUGGACAGCAGGGCAGUGCGCCGGGUUCGACUACGCGUCGGCGUGUGCGCGGCCCAACAGAGCCAGUCGCGGCCGGGCGCUGCCCGACGCUCCCUGCGACCUCUCCAAACACACCUACUGCACUACGCCCGGAAAGGGCUACCCUUGGCAUGCUAUCAGAAGAUUCGUUAGAGAGAACCAGGGUCUUAUGAGGAGAAUGUAUGGAGAAGAACGUCAAAUAUCAAUUAUAAAAGCGGAAUUGGAAAACUUCAUAGAGGAUGGCGACGAUGAAGAUUUUGAUGCGAAGACAUCAGACUUCGCUGAGGAUAUCAUCAAAACUAAGAUGAUGUACACUAAGAUGAGCGCGGGACGUGCCAUGAGAGAUAAACCACACUUCAGACCAAUCAAUAGUGAAAAGAAUAAAAAACUUGAUAAUGACACGUUAAAAGUGAAACCCCUGGACACUAAUCAAACCAAAGUGAACAACCCGGACAACAGCAACAAAACAGAGAUGAGCAACGAAACGGUAAAUGAAAAAGGUAUAUCAUAUAAAACAAAACUUGAAAGCAUAGCGAAUAUAGAAAUAAAUAACUUAGACCCCGACGUAAUAACUUUAGAAGCUGUUAUUAAACAGAGUAUUGAAACUAAUAGCAUAUACCCAAAGUUUUCUGGUAAUACUAAAGUAGAGGCGGUUAACGAUUCAAAGAAUAGUACAGACAAAAAUACUACAACUACAGAAAGUAUUAACACCACAGAAACCACAACUGAUGGAUAUGACUCUACAACAGAAGCUGGGAAGGACGCCUGGCGACCAAUGAACGCUGACACAUCGACGUUGCCACCAACGCUUCUGUUCUCUGAGCACGAGAAGGUCAAGAUCGACCGGAUAGACACCAAGGUGACUGACAAAAAAGAAGAGUUCCAUCCCAGACCAGUACAACAUCAAGAGUCAGUACGGCCAUCCGUUAUCAAAUUACGAGGAGCGAAUGCUUGCGAAUCAAAGGAGCAGAUAGCGGCACCGUUCUGGGCGAACAGCACCCGAGGCGAGCAGUUGGCCCUGCUCAACAUGUACCCUUAUGAGCAGUACAUCCACCUGGAGACGUGUGUACACGAGCGCAAGCAGAUGUACUGUCGCGAGGGGUGCAGAUGUGAACAGCAGUUUCGUCUCCACCGUCUCCUAGCUUACGACCCGCGUAAUGAGUGUCGCGGCAUCUUUGCGGAGUGGUUCAAGUUCCCCUCUUGCUGCGUCUGCAAAUGCUACGACGUGCCCCUUGAAUUUAGGGCCCGGUCCCCCCGGAUCCUGCACCCACAGUAUGACGAGGAAGUCAAAAGAGUCAUCUACGAAGAUGUAGCGAGGGACUGGUAUUCCAUGUCAGCAUAUGGUGAUGAUGAAGAUUUGUUUUGAUGUAAGUUUGAAACUGUAAAUAUUCCAAUCAAAAUCAAUAUAACACAAAUCUUUCUAAAAAAAAGUCACACGAUUAUAUAAGAGAAAAAUUUAAAUGUAACGGCCACAUGCGAUGCGUAUUAUUAUCCCAUCUUAAAUUACUUUAUUAUGAAUUCUUCCUUUUCUCGCAUUUUUCAGAUAUUACCUACAUUCAACUGACAGCAGACUGAAAUCUACAGAAAUGUCGAAAUCAAUUAUAAAACCCACCUGGACUUUUUCAAUCGUUUACAAGAUUCUUAUUUUUUUUGUGCCCAUAUUAAGUUUAUCAGUUCAGUGUAAUUAAUUAUUAUUUAUUUAUGAAA